AAAAGAUUAAGCAGAAAGAUGAGAACUUCAAGGAACCCAUUUAUUGCUUUUCACCUUCACCUCCUCAACCAAAAUACCUUUGCUCAACCCCACCGCCCCUUCAUUCAAUUUUGUUUGCCGCUCCAUUUUAAACCAUACCCAUUUCUCUGCAACUGAUUAUAAUACAAGAGAAACUGAAAUUAACCCAUCGCCAUGGAUACUAUCAACCACAGAACUGUGAGCGUUAAUGGCAUAAACAUGCACAUAGCUGAGAAGGGCGAGGGCCCAAUUGUUCUUUUCAUCCAUGGUUUCCCAGAGCUUUGGUAUACUUGGCGCCAUCAGAUUUUGGCCUUGAGCUCUCUUGGGUAUCACGCUGUGGCGCCGGACCUUCGUGGGUAUGGCGAUUCUGAUGCCCCUGAUUCCAUUUCUAGCUAUUCUAUUAUGCAUAUCGUUGGGGAUCUUGUUGCUCUUGUUGAGAGCCUUGGGGUUAAGGAAGUUUUCGUUGUGGCGCAUGAUUGGGGUGCUUUGAUUGCAUGGGGUUUGUGUUUGUUCCGAGCUGAGAUUGUUAAGGCUUUUGUGUGUCUAAGUGUGCCGUUUAGGCCUAGGCAUCCGAACAGGAAGCCUGUUGAGACCAUGAGGAAGGUUUUUGGAGAUGAUUACUACAUCUGCAGAUUCCAGAAUCCAGGAGAGAUUGAAGAAGAGAUGGCUCAAGUGGGUGCCAAAGAAGUACUAAGAGGCAUAUUGACAACAAGAAGACAAGGGCCUCCCAUUUAUCCCAAAAAACAAGCCUUUCGAGCCAGGCCCGAAUCCUCAUCUCCCUUGCCCUCUUGGCUUUCAGAAGAAGAUCUUUCUUACUUUGCCUCCAAAUAUGAGCAGAAGGGCUUCACUGGACCAUUGAACUAUUACAGAUCAAUGGACUUAAACUGGGAGCUGACAGCACCAUGGACAGGGGUUCAAGUGAAAGUGCCAGUGAAGUUCAUAGUUGGAGAUGUUGACAUGGUCUAUACAACACCAGGGGUUAAGGAGUAUGUCAAUGGUGGAGGUUUCAAGAAAGAUGUACCAUUUCUGCAAGACGUUGUGAUAAUGGAGGGAGUUGGCCAUUUCCUCAACCAGGAGAAGCCUGAAGAGAUUAACACUCACAUCUAUGACUUCAUCAGAAAAUUUUAGUCCGAUUAUACAAGAAUCAUAGAAAGCUUCUGCUCUCUUCCAAAGUACAUGGAUUGUCUCUUUCGUUUUAUGUUUGGUGUUUCUUUCAAGUGAUUAGUAUGUUUCAAGUUUUCCAUGGGAGAUACUUUUUCAUUGUGUUAAAAUAUCCCAAUGACUUUAAAAAUCAAUCCAAUCUAACUCAGACUGUUUGCAUUGGGUUAUUAGCUCA